AUGGGGGAGAAUGACACUCGGGAGAUUCAUGAAAAUCUCUACAUUCUGGUGACCGGAGCCAACAGCGGUCUCGGGUUCUCCAUAUGCUGCCGCCUCGCCGAUGAAUUCCUCUCGACACACCCCGACUCACAAUCUCUCACCAUAAUCUUCACUACGCGGAGCUCGCGCAAAGCCGAAGACACCCGUCGCCGCCUGGAAAAAUAUCUUCGCUCUUCAUCCACCCCAUCCGCUGCCGAGCGCGUGCAAUUCGUCUCCGAGAAUGUCGACCUCACCGACCUCCACUCGGUGCGCUUGCUAUCUCGUCGGCUCGUGCAAACACUCCCCAAACUCGAUGCUAUUGUCUUGAACGCUGGGAUCGGCGGUUGGUCGGGAAUUGACUGGCCGAACGCCAUCUGGGGUGUGUGCACGGAUUUACUCCACCAGGUGACCUGGCCACCAUAUAAGCUUGCCCCCGUGGGGGUGCUGACCAACAAGCAAACGGAGGGACCAGAGGAGCCUCUGCUUGGCUAUGUCUUCUGCGCCAAUGUCUUUGGUCACUACAUGCUGGCGCACAAUGUAGCGCCGCUGCUACAACGAGCUCAAACUCCCAAUGGCCCCGGCCGAGUCAUCUGGGUGUCCAGCAUCGAAGCAACGACAAAGCUGUUCCAUGUUGAUGACCUGCAGGGUCUGCGCACUGCAGCGCCGUAUGAGUCGUCCAAGGCUUUGACGGACAUCCUGGCCUUGACAUCGGACCUGCCCGGUACAGCGCCGUGGGCGGUGGAUAGCUUCUUGCGCGGUGACUUCGAGUCCAACCCCGAUACCAAUGGCACUUCUGCUGCACCCAAGCCCACCAUGUACCUCUCCCACCCGGGAGUCUGCGCCACCACCAUCAUCCCGCUCGCACUGCCUCUCGUUUACGCCAUGCUCAUCGCCUUCUGGGGUGCGCGCAUGCUAGGCUCCCCGUGGCACACUCUCUCCACCUACCUCGGGGCCUGCGCCCCGGUCUUCCUCGCGCUGUCGGGUCAGGCAGCGCUCGAUGCUGCCGAGAAACCCUACCAUCAGGCCGGCGGUGGGCGUGCCAAAUGGGGUUCGUCCAGCUCCCGCCUGGGUGUCGAGAGUGUGGCCUGCACGGAGAUUGAUGGCUGGGGUUAUGGCGGUGUUGUGGGCAGACCUGUUGUCGAGGCUGAUCGGUGCCGGCGUCGGAAACGGGGUGCGGUCGACCUGACCCGUGAAGAGCGGGAGAAUUUUGAGGAGCUCGGCCGCAAGUGUUGGAAGCAGAUGGAGGAGCUGAGGAUCCAGUGGGAUGAAAUCCUGGAUCGAGCUGAGAAGGCAAAGACAAGUGACCAGUGA